AUUAAAUAUCGAACCAGAUUGCUCCUGUUGUAAACUAUUCCUCAUUCCAUCAAACUAUUUACUCAAUCUAACAAUGUUUAAGGGUAUUUUCACUUUAGUGCCAUUGAUAUUCUUACUUGGAUCUGCUCUCUUACUUUUUCUUGUCAAUUUGAAUGGAACAACCACCUCAUCAAUUUUCAAGGAUAUUUACUGGUCUCAAACAGAAACUGGGGAUCUCACUGGUAGUAACUUUAGAACCACUAGAUGGACCUCAUAUGGAAUUUGUGAUGUUGAUCUGAAUGGCCAUAGUAUCAAUUGUACAAAGCACAAAGCUGCCUAUCCCUAUUCACCACAAGAUAAUUUCGGUACCCUGAAUGAAUUACCAAAUGAUUUUAAAACAAGUAGAGAUACCUACUUUUAUUUAUCAAGAGUAGCAUAUGCUUUAUUCUUGGUGGGGUUGGCAUUUACUGUAUUUGCUAUAAUCCCAUUAUUUUUAUCCAUCUGUUGUGCUGGGGGGUUAUUCACCAACAUAUGCGCCUUCCUUGUAUUUUUAGCAUUUUUCUUUACAUUGGCUGCGGCAUGUUUGAUUACUGCUGUACAUGUAUUGGGAAGAAACACCUUUUCAGAUGACAAUUUUAGUUCUAAAUUGGGUAAAACCUUGUUUGGACUUACUUGGGCUUCUGUUGCAACCCUUCUUAUUUCAUUUAUUUUUACAUGUUUAAUUGGAAGAAGUGGUCGCAAAUCCCGAGGUGAAUGGCAUGAACAAGAUAAUGAACUGUUGAAACGCCAUUCAAAUGAUUCUGAAACUUCAUAUCAACGUUACGAUACGGAACCAACUCCUCUGAGAGGAAUUCAUUUUUUCAAAAUUGGAAGAACUAAAAAUGUUGAGUAGUAAAGUUAAUCAGUGAAGUAGUUCUGUUUGUUUUA